UGCAGCUUGAGGAUACUAACACGAAGUGAUCCGGAUCUUUCUCUCUCCUUAUUUAAACAGUCUCCUUUUCUUAACUAUGAGUAAUCUCAGUGGUAAAGUCCUUUUUAUUACCGGUGGAAGCAGAGGAAUUGGAAGGAGUAUCGCUCUGAGAGCUGCUCGAGAUGGCGCAAAGAUCGUCAUCGCAGCCAAGACAAAAGAUCCCCAUCCUAAACUCCCGGGUACCAUAUACUCAGUCGCUGAGGAGAUCGAGAAACUUGGUGGAAAAGCUCUACCGUGUGCCGUAGACAUCCGUUUCGAGGAAGAAGUGCAACAAGCAGUUGAUCAGGCAGUUAAAACAUUCGAUGGUUUGGACAUUUUGAUCAAUAACGCGUCCGCCAUAAGUCUUACCAAUACGGAGGCCACUACAAUGAAGAGCUAUGAUCUGAUGAACAACAUCAACGCCCGAGGUACUUUCCUAUGUUCCAAACUGUGCAUCCCGCAUCUCAAGAAGUCCUCCAAUCCACAUAUUCUCACCCUUAGCCCACCUUUGAACAUGUCUCCUCGAUGGUUCAGUCCUCAUCUUGCGUACACCAUGGCGAAAUACGGCAUGUCCAUGUGCGUACUCGGUAUGGCAAGAGAGCUCCGGUCCGCAGGAAUAGCCGUGAAUGCACUGUGGCCGCGAACGGCGAUUUACACGGCCGCGACGAAAAUGCUCGGUGGCGAGCAAUUCGCAUCCCAAUGUCGACAUCCGGAAAUCAUGUCCGACGCCGCAUAUGUCAUCCUCACGAGGUCUGCCAAAGAUGCAAAGAAUACGGGCAACUUUUUCGUUGAUGAAGAUCUCCUCCGAUCGGUGGGCGAGACAGACUUCGACAAGUACGCCAUUAGUCCAGGUAGUCGUCUUGCACCAGACUUUUUCCUUGAUGAUGUUCAGAUGUCAGAAAAACCCGCUACGUCCAACAACACCGACUCGGUGUCGGUCAGUGAGGUGUUCCGCGAAAUUGAGCGCUUUUUCUCGACUGAAGUUACAAAAAACCUGGGAGCAUCAUUCUACUUUCAUCUGUCAGGUGAUGAACCCGGCCACUGGUUUAUUGAUCUCCGAGCAGGAGAAGGGAAGGUUGGCAAGGCCACAGAGGAUCCAAGCUCCUACGAUUGCCGCUUCGAGAUGACCAGCACUAAUUUUGUGCGGUUGUUCAAAGGUGAACUGGUCCCCACGGAGGCGUUCAUAACUGGUCAAUUGAACAUCGACGGCGAUGUGUUUUCCGCUCUGAAGCUGGAGAAACUGCUUGCGAAAGUCAAUCGCAUGAACUCCCUUAACUCCAAUUCUUCUAGCAAAGCGUGAUCAUUUGACUUUUCCCUGUAAUUUUGCACACAUAUGACCUGUCAGCGAUUUUUUCCCAUUAUGACUUCGAUUCUUCAAUUGUGUAAUUCAUGGUUCGACAUGCGCCCUCAUUUCUUAAACUUCUUCAACUCUGAGCAUUAUCACUUGUAAUAAGGGGAUUAACAACAAUCUCGUCAGUUUCAUGGGUGGAGCGCAUAUUUUUAUUUGUUAUUCAUCCUCGUCCUUUUUUCUUCAUUCAAAUGCGUUCAUUUUAUUGAUCACAUUGAGAAUCUGAGUCUC